CUCAUUCAAUACUAUGUACUAUUUUAUUGACAGCACUAUAGUUUUAAAGUCACUAUUAGGCGAUAGAUUUUGAUAUGCACAUUUUUACUGUCACAUUCUAUAUAUUUCAGCAGUCUAGAUUAUGGAUCGGUUGCUUGAUAGCCAGAGUAUUCGAUUCAUAUUCACUCGUUCAUAAGAUCCGAUUUCCACCCUACGUCUGAUUAACGAGUUAACCCCAUGACGGGAAGUGGAAUACCACAGAACUUGGUUUGAUUGUCGAGUUGUAGCUAGUUUUUGAAUGCUGGUCCGUUUGAGCGUUUCGUUAACUAAACAGACAUAAAAAACUGUAAAUCUGAUUAUAUAAUCAUGACGUGGGAGAAUAAGCCUUGUUACUAAUUGAUGUAUUUGUGUGUGAUAUCCUAGUAUACGCUUAUUCAAUGAAUUUUGACGUGUCUGUGGAAUACGGAUCAUAACCUGUUAUUCUAACUUGUUGGUUCCCAUUGGAAUUCCAUGUAAAGAAAUAAUUGAGUGGUUGGAGGUGAUAUUCUGUGACAUGUUAAUUUACGGAAGUGGCAACCUAACUGCAUAUCAGUCAAAUAAUUAUCUUGUAACCUACUAUUGGAUAUAAGAAAUGCUCAGACGUCUCAAUUCACUCAACAAAGUUACAUCAUUCAUAAAGAUUUGCAACAUAAAAAACCACGAAUGACGUAAUCUUUAGCGCUCUAGUCAUCGAGUUAUUCUCUAUUAGAACAAUUAAGAGGGAUCGAUUCGGAUAUGGAUAACAUUCGUGAAGAUCUACGCGAAGCACAACGUGACCUUGAUGAGAUCGAUAAGUGUUGUGGUUUAUGCGUUUUACCGUGGAGGAAAGUCAAACCAGAUUCGAAAACGCCGAAAUACCCAACGAGUGGGAAUGGUUAUCUUACUGGAGCUAGUAAUAGUUAUCAGGUUAACUCUUAUCAGCCACAGUCAGGAUUCCAAAUUCAGCAAAACCAACAAAAGAGUGGGCCUUUCAUCACCAGAAUCACCAAUGACGCUCGUGAAGACGAAAUGGAACAGAAUUUACAACAAGUUUCAGGGAUGGUAUCUCAACUGCAUUCUAUGGCUACUGAUAUGAAUCAAGAGAUAACAACACAUAAUCAGAUUCUUGAUCGAAUCGAUCAAAAAGCGCAGUAUAAUCAGUCACAAUUGGCGUUCGCUCAAAAGAGAGCUGAUAAAAUUUUAGGACAAUCAUCGAAACCGGACAACAAAAGUAACAGUGUUUUACCAUCCAGUACAACUCUUACAGCCGCAAAAAUGAUGAUGAAAUAAUGAUACUGAUACGGAUAAUAAUGAAAUUAAUGAUAAUGUUAAUCUCCAGCUGUGUGUUUUGUUUUUUUGCCGUUAAAUCUGCUGAAUAUCCUUUCACGCACAUUCACCUAUACAUUUUUAUUUUAUAUUUAUUUAUUCAUUAUUGUUUCUUCUCUUAAAUUGACCUACUUUUCAGUGCCUUUGAAGCUAGGACUAUCGUUUGUCUCCACUUCUUGGGUUUUUUUUGAUAUCGUGAUUAUUCCUUUCUGUUUCUUGGCUUCUUUGUUUAUUUUAUAAAGAAUCAUAUCUCUGUUAUAAUUUUCUAUUUGUUUGUUUUACUCUUACGUGUGUAUAUGUGUCUCUUACAACUACGAACAAUAUAAUCCUGUGCAAAAAGUUUGCAAUUUUCUUUCGGUGCCUUGUUAACAAUGCCUUUUCUCAAUUUCUCUAUUCAAAUUAGAGUUACACAGAUGAUGUUUUUUGUUGUUGUUGUUGCAUGAUUUUGGUUUAUUUUUGUAAUAUUUUGUAACUGUUUCUUUCUUUCUUUUUCAUGGAGUAAAAAAAAACAUUUCACUGUUUUCUAACAACUGUCCACAAAUAAAUAACACCAUAUUGUUAAUUCUGUUGAAAAUGUCUUGUGUGUGUGUGUGUGUGUGUGUCCCCACCCGUAAAACUCUACUCAUCAAAAUGUAUUAAGGAUUGUAAAAUUUACAUUUCAUUUGAAUGAUGAACCAUCUCUUUCAUUUUCUCAUUUGCUAAUGUUGACCAGUUACACAUAAAAUUGCACACAGCUACACUCACAUUUAUUUACUCUUGAACUAAAAUGUAAUAUCAAUCACUUUAUCUAUUGUAAACAUAAACUAACAACAAGAGUAAAUCCAAUUCUUUCUCUUUGAAAUGAUAAUUUCUUCAUCCAGUCUGUUUUAGUUGAAUAUGAACGAUUGAUAUCUGCAUAGAUAAUAUGAAAGACUAAUUAUAAUUACUUAUUCCACAGGUUUAUUUUUUACUAAUAUUAAUUCUAUUUGCUUCAGUUCAUCACUGUUGCUAAUGGUACGACAAAGAAAACCGAGAAAGAAAAAUUAUUAAAAUGAAAUUGUAAAGAAAAGUGUAAUUACAAUAAAAAUGGUUUAUUCAAAGUAUAAUUUUUAGUUGUUUUAUUGUUAUAAUUAUGUGAAUGAAUUCGUUUGUUGAAUGUUUGUUAAUGGUAAGGAUGUUGUUGUUUCGUCUUCUUCAUUAUAUUAAUAAUAAUAAUAAUAAGGUAUGCCUAUACAAAAGAUUCACUUAUGAAACUGACAAUUGUCUGUUAUUUGUUGAAGUAUUGUUGUUCUAUUUCAAUGGAUUGAAUGAAAAUUAUGAG